CUGGCGCGAAAAAGACACACAACAGUUCUGCUGCCGACACGAGGAGUUCUGCAUUGAGCAUUUCUUGACAUCUUUUGAAAGCUUUAUACAAAAAUGGCUGCUGAAGUUGUGGACGACCAAGAAAUGAGGGAGGCCCAGAGGGAUUAUCUGGAUUUUCUUGACGAUGAUCAAGACCAAGGCAUCUAUCAGAGCAAAGUGCGACAGAUGAUCAGCGACAACAAAUCCAGACUCCUUGUUAACAUCAACGACCUGCGCCGCCGCAACGAAACGCGAGCAGUCAAGUUGCUGAAUAAUGCAUUUGAGGAGCUUUUGGCAUUCCAGCGUGCCCUGAAAGACCUGGUGGCUUCAAUAGAUGCCACUUAUGCCAAACAGCAUGAGGAGUUCUUCAUCGGCCUUGAGGGCAGCUUCGGCAGCAAGCAUGUCUCCCCCCGAACCCUGACCUCUCGCCUGCUUGGCAGGAUGGUGUGUUUGGAGGGCAUCACCACUAAAUGCUCUUUGGUGCGUCCCAAGGUAGUGCGCAGUGUGCACUACUGUCCGACCACUAAGAAGACAAUGGAGCGCAAAUACACAGACCUGACCUCUCUGGAUGCCUUCCCUUCAAGUGCCAUUUACCCCACUAAGGAUGAGGAGAACAAUCCUCUGGAGACUGAAUUCGGUCUAUCCGUCUAUAAGGACCACCAAACCAUAACAGUUCAAGAGAUGCCAGAGAAAGCCCCAGCUGGUCAGCUGCCCCGCUCUGUGGACAUUAUCCUGGACAAUGACCUGGUGGACACUGUUAAACCAGGGGACCGGGUUCAGGUGAUUGGCACCUACCGCUGCCUGCCCGGCAAGAAAGGCGGGUUCACCUCGGGCACCUUCAGGACCAUCAUGAUCGCCUGCCAUGUCAAGCAGAUGAGCAAAGAAGUCUCUCCCUUCUUCUCAGCAGAUGAUGUGGCUAAGAUCAAGAGCUUCUGUAGAUCUCGCUGUAAGAAUUUGUUUGAUCAGUUGGCUCGCUCCCUGGCUCCCAGUAUUCAUGGUCACGAGUACAUAAAGAAGGCGAUCCUUUGUAUGCUUCUAGGAGGGGUGGAGAAGGUUUUAGAGAAUGGCUCACGCAUUAGAGGAGACAUCAAUGUGCUUCUCAUAGGUGACCCCUCAGUGGCCAAAUCUCAGUUGCUCCGUUACGUUCUGCACACUGCUCCUCGUGCCAUUCCAACCACAGGCCGAGGCUCUUCAGGUGUGGGUCUGACUGCAGCCGUCACCACUGACCAAGAGACAGGAGAGCGUCGUCUUGAGGCUGGUGCCAUGGUGCUGGGGGACAGAGGGGUGGUCUGCAUUGAUGAGUUUGAUAAAAUGUCAGACAUGGAUCGUACUGCUAUCCAUGAGGUCAUGGAACAGGGCCGCGUCACCAUAGCCAAGGCUGGCAUCCACGCUCGGCUGAAUGCUCGCUGCAGCGUGCUGGCAGCUGCCAACCCUGUUUAUGGCAGGUACAAUCAGUAUAAGACCCCCAUGGAGAACAUCGGUCUACAGGACUCCCUGCUGUCUCGUUUUGAUUUGCUGUUCAUCAUGCUGGAUCAGAUGGACCCUGAGCACGACCGUGAGAUCUCUGAACAUGUGCUGCGCAUGCACCGCUACAGGGAUCCCCGCGAGCAGGACGGAGCUGCUCUAGCUCUGGGUGGUGCAGUAGAAGCAUUGGCUACUGAGGAUCCUGAUGCAAUUCAGGAGGAAGAGGAGGAGCUACAGGUGUAUGAGAAACACAAUGCACUCCUCCAUGGCAGCAAGAAGCUCAAAUACAGAGUGGUGAGUAAGGAGUUCAUGAGGAAGUACAUCCACGUUGCCAAAGUUCUGUCUCCUGUUCUGUCCCAAGAGGCAGCCAAUCACAUCGCAGAGGAGUACUCACGACUGCGCAGUCAGGAACAACUUGGUUCUGACAUUGCACGGACAUCACCCGUCACUGCUAGGACCCUGGAGACUUUGAUCCGUCUCUCCACAGCUCAUGCCAAAGCUCGAAUGAGCAAAGUCGUGGAGCUGGUGGACACAGAAGUUGCUGUUGAACUUGUGCAGUUUGCCUAUUUCAAGAAGGUUCUGGAGAAGGAACGAAAGCGCUCCAGAAAUGGUGAGCAGGACACAGCCUCAGAGGAGGAGGAGGAGGAGGAGGAGCAGGCACAAGACACACCCCGGCAGCAGAGAAAAAGAAGGCGCCAUUCUGAGCGCAGGCCAUCUCAGGGUAGUGAGUCAUAUGACCCCUAUGACUUUAAUACUGAGACUGAUAUACCAGAAAUUCAGUCCCCAGCUCCUGCAAGGCAGGGUGAGGAGCUCAUGGACACAACUGAUCAGAAUGGGCACACAGAGUUGCCUGCUGACAGGCUGAAGGAGUUCAAAAGUGCGUUGUUUGAGGUGUUCAACUCUGCUCAUGCCCAGUCAGUGGGCCUGAUCGCUCUGAUGGAGGGAAUCAAAAAGAGCUGCCCAUCACCAUUUAACGAAACAGAGGUCCGUGCGGCCCUCGCCCGCAUGCAGGAUGACAACCAGGUUAUGGUGGCAGAUGAUAUCAUCUUCCUUAUAUAAAGAAGGCAUUUUCUGGAGCACAAGAGAAAACAUAAAGUUAUAGAUUCAAGUGUGAAUCUUUUUCAGAUAAUUUGCAAUAUGUGUACAAUGUUUAUUUUCAUAUGUUUGUACAUGUAUUUCUUUAAAAAAACAAAUAACUAAAAUGUUAUACUUUCGAAUACAUUCCCAUUUGUUCUCUUACAGUAGCCUGUUUUUAUCUUAAAUGUACACCUCAUUAUUCAGGAUAUACAUUGUUGUGUUCAAUUAAUUCUCACUAAUAGACUGGAUCAGUGACUGCAGUUUUAUUUUCACAUGACAACUUGUAAAUACCAGCUUAUUGUAAAAAAAAAAAAAAAAAAAAAAUUACUUUUGAGUUUGCAUGCCACUGAAAAAUUACAAAUAAACUGAUAUCAAAAUAA